UCUGCCUUCAUCCUCAAUCUGUUUACCAUCGAAAAUCUAUAUUAUGCCGGGACUCAGCUCUUUGUCACUCGAACGGGCUGAACAGCUUUCAUCACAAUGGAAGGGCACGAAUUUUUUGGGUGGGACGGCUAAAAACUUCAUCGAUGGAGAAUUCAGAGAAAGCAUGACGGACAAAUGGAUCGAAGUCCUGGAUCCGUCCACGCAAACGUUGUUGUCGAAAGUUCCUGAAACUACACAGGAAGAAUUUGAAAGCGCGGUCGAGGCGGCUUCAAAGGCUUUUCAAAGCUGGAGAAAAACGAGCGUACUGAAGCGUCAACGUUUUGCCCUAGAAUUGCAGGCCCUCAUCAGACAAAACAUGGAUAACCUUGCGAAUGCAAUCGUGCUUGAACAAGGAAAAACAUUCGGAGAUGCACAGGGUGACGUGCUUCGAGGACUUCAAGUGGUUGAGACGGCGUGUUCCAUCCCUACCCUUUUGAUGGGAGAGAAACUGGAAGUUAGCAAAGACAUGGAUACUGAAACGAGAAAAGUUCCCCUGGGUGUUUGCGCUAGCAUAGCACCGUUCAACUUCCCAGCGAUGAUCCCCCUUUGGACCAUUCCGAUGGCCAUCGUUACCGGUAACACUCUUGUACUCAAGCCGUCAGAGCGCGAUCCUGGCGCAGCUUUGAUGAUUGCAGAACUCUGUCAAAAAGCGGGCCUACCAAAAGGUGUUUUGAACAUUGUUCACGGGACCGUUCCUACAGUCAAUGCCAUCUGCAAUCAUCCAAAAAUCAAAGCCAUUAGCUUUGUUGGUGGAAAUAGAGCUGGACAGCAUAUCUAUGAUUUGGGUACAAAAAACGGAAAGCGUGUCCAGGCGAACAUGGGUGCUAAAAAUCACGCGGUGAUCAUGCCAGAUGCCAACAAAGAUCAGGCUCUGAACGCUCUUCUUGGUGCUGCCUGCGGCGCUGCCGGUCAGCGCUGCAUGGCUAUAUCUGUUGCUAUCUUGGUUGGAACUGCCCAAAAGUUCUUACCCGAUCUUAUCGAGCGUGCAAGUAAACUUAAAGUGAGUCAAGGGUUCGAGAAGGGUACUGAUUUUGGUCCUGUAACGACUCCUGCCGCCAAAGUCCGUAUCGAAGGUCUUAUCGCAUCGGCAGAAAAGGAAGGCGGAAAAAUCCUUCUCGAUGGCCGGGGAAUUCAGGUUCCCGACUAUCCCAAUGGGAACUUCGUUGGUGCCACUAUCAUUGAAGCCACUACAAGUAUGACCUGUUACAAGGAGGAAAUCUUUGGUCCUGUGCUUGUUGUAAUGAAAGCGAGCACGCUGGAUGAGGCUAUUUCCUUAGUUAAUGACAACCCGUAUGGUAAUGGAUCAGCUAUCUUCACGCAGUCGGGACCCAUUGCAAGGAAAUUCGAGACGGAGAUUGAAGCAGGACAGAUUGGUAUCAACGUUCCCAUCCCGGUGCCUUUGCCCUUCUUUUCCUGGACUGGCAACAAGGCGAGCACUUUACACGCAGAUUGCACUUUCUUUCUCGCCAGUUUUCUGGGAGACAUCAAUUUCUAUGGAAAGGGGGGAAUCAACUUCUAUACACAGACCAAGACUACUACGAGUCUUUGGCGCUCAGAUGAUGCUAUCGUUGCUGGCGAGGGUGCUUCUCUCAACAUGCCAACCAUGAAGUAGUUAUACGUACAGGCACUGUAAAUAUAUUAUAGCUACACCUAUCUACACUUGGUGCCCAAAAGCCAUCUCUAUACAGGAUAAUGAAAAAUUUGAAUGCCGAGUG